AGAGUUGUAUGUGUUAUGGUGUGGUAUUAUAUAAGUAAAUAAAUAAAUAAAAAUUGAACGAUAGCGGUUUAAUAUUUUUAGUUUCUCCUCCACUCCUAACGUCAAAUCUCUGCAAAAAUUUCCAGUAUACAACAAACGAACCCUAAUAAACUUGUCACUUCAAAUCGAACCUCUAACAAAACCCUACCCUAACUCACUCGUUGUGGGUUCUAGGUUUUAGCCUUUCGGGAUUUCAUUUCUUGAUUGAAUUUCCAAUUUUCCCUUAGGAAUUUAGUACGUCUCUGUAAUUCAUUCAUUUACAUAUAUUGGAAACUUUUUUUUUUUGAGGGUGUUGGAUUUGAGGAUAGGGUUGACAUUGGAAUUGGUUUUGUGGGUUUUUUGUUUGUGACGAAGAAGAGAGAAACUGUGUAGAGAGAGCUUGAGAUACAGAGCCAUGGAGGGCAUACCGCAUCCAAUACCUCGAACUGUGGAGGAAGUCUUCAGCGAUUUCAAAGGCAGACGCUCAGGCUUGAUUAAGGCCCUAACUCAUGAUGUCGAAAAGUUUUACCAGCAGUGCGAUCCCGAGAAGGAAAAUUUGUGUUUGUAUGGACUUCCAAAUGAGACAUGGGAAGUCAACCUGCCUGUUGAAGAGGUGCCCCCUGAGCUUCCUGAACCAGCCUUGGGUAUAAACUUUGCUAGGGAUGGUAUGCAAGAGAAGGACUGGUUGUCAUUGGUUGCAGUUCACAGCGAUUCAUGGUUGCUUGCUGUUGCGUUUUAUUUUGGAGCCCGCUUUGGUUUUGGUAAGAGUGAAAGGAAAAGGCUUUUUCAGAUGAUAAAUGAUCUUCCCACCAUAUUUGAAGUAGUGACAGGAAGUGUCAAGCAAUCAAAGGACCAGUCUGCUACCCAGAACAAUAGUAGCAAAAGCAAAUCAAGUGGCAAGUCACGGCAAUCUGAGUCCCAGCCCAAGGGAGUAAAGAUGUCUCCACCACCAAAGGAUGAUGAUGAAAGUGGUGAGGAAGAAGAAGAAGAUGAUGAACAAGGUGCUACCUGUGGAGCUUGCGGGGAUAACUAUGGUGCUGAUGAAUUCUGGAUCUGCUGCGAUGUGUGUGAGAGAUGGUUCCAUGGAAAAUGUGUGAAGAUUACACCAGCCAAGGCUGAGCACAUCAAGCAGUAUAAGUGCCCUGGUUGCAGUAGCAAGAGGGCUAGAGUUUGAGUUUGAAUGUAGGUUCUGAAUUUGAAGGCUGAUACCAACUUAAAGAAAGCAGACAAGGUCUACUUCUUCCAUUGCAAUUGGGAACUGAAACAGAGUCAGUUGUCUAUUUUAGUUAAAUGGAUUUGAAUGACUUGAGACGGGAUUCCAAGUUUUGCUACUCCUGUUUUAUGUUCUGUCUAAUUUUCAAGGAAUUUGUUUCUAAUAUGAAUAGUCAGUUGCAACUAGCAAUAUUAUAUAUGUCCAUCCGGUCGUUCUGCUUUAAUCUCGAUGCAUACAUUAAUGUGUUUAUGAAUUGUUACAUUAGUAUGAAACUCUAGCUUUUUUGUUAUAUAUAUAUAUUUUAAAUGUCUA